AUGUUCGGCCCUACAUCUAACAUACCCUGUAAUCCGUCCCUAUCCUAUAUAUCUUAUCGGUCCAACGGGAGAAGAAGGAUUGCUCAUAUUAUUGCAUUUCAUAGAGUUUCAUUACAAGACCAGACGGCUGAUUGGGCGCUAGUUAGGGCUAUCGCCAGUCAGCACACACGGAGACUUGACUGGUUCGGGUGGCGGGAGCGGUUUGGUAGACAUCAGAAAGAUGCGGAGGUGAAAGUCUGGAGAAGAGCUACAAUUGUGCGGGAGUACGGAGAAAACGGAGAGAAUAUAGUGCUAGUGGCAUCUAGAUUCGAAUAUAAUACAUCAAAAUGGUAUAAGAAGUAG